UUUGUUUCUAGGGGUUGUUGCAAGAAUGAAAGAAGGGCCUUUCUCCCUUUGCAUAUUGAUCGGCAUAUCGUUGCGGGAGAAAGCCCAUUGUAUCUGAUGCAGGAAGUAUCGGAGUGGGUGGAUUGCAAUCACGAUAUUGGAGACCAUGGGCGUGACGAAUCUGUGGCAGAUCCUGGAGCCUGUGAAACAACAUGUCCCCCUCAGCAGUCUUCGCGGAAAGACACUCGCUGUUGAUUUAAGUCUCUGGGUGUGUGAAGCACAAACGGUCAAAAAAAUGAAGGGAGUAGUCACAAAACCUCACCUGAGGAACCUUUACUUCCGCGUCUCUUCUUUAACGCUAAUGGGUAUCCAUCUUGUGUUUGUCAUGGAGGGAGAGCCCCCCAAACUGAAAGCAAGCACAAUGGAGAAAAGGACAGAAGUUCGCUUUGGGCCAUCCAAGAAGCCUAGGACUGCCAGAACAAGGAGGUCUCGUUUCAAGUCUUUACUGAAAGAGUGCCUUGAAAUGCUGGAGUACCUGGGAGUGCCUUGGGUCCAAGCAGCCGGUGAGGCAGAAGCGAUGUGCGCUUACCUCAAUGCCAGCGGUGUCGUGGAUGGUUGCCUCACUAACGAUGGCGAUGCUUUCCUUUAUGGCGCGCGGACCAUUUACAGGAACUUCACCAUGAACCUAAAGGACCCACACGUUGACUGCUACUUGAUGACUGCUGUUGAGGAGAAACUAGGCUGCAGCAGAGAAUCGCUGAUCGGCUUAGCAGUUCUCCUUGGCUGUGAUUAUCUUCCAAAGGGAGUUCCCGGAAUUGGAAAAGAACAAGCUUUAAAGUUGAUCAGGACUUUGAAAGGACAGGAUCUACUGCAAAGGUUUGAGCACUGGAAAGGGCACUUCCAAUCUUGCGAUAUCCCACCCCUUGCAGUUAAAAAGGUGGUUCAUUGCACCAUGUGCCGUCAUCCAGGAUCCUACACAGACCACAAGUGCUUUGGGUGCCAUCUCUGUGGCAGCGUAGGGUAUUGUGAACCACACAGUGCCGAGUACCUCUGCCCUUGUGAUUGGCACACCUUCGAACAGCGCCAAGAAGCCAGCGCAGUUGAGGAAAGUAUGAGAAAGAAAGCUCAAAUGUGUGAAGGCUUCCCAUUUCCUGAGGUCAUUCAAGAAUAUCUCACCAGCAAAGACAAACCAGUGAGGUUAAAAACAUCUCAAAGGCCAAACCUCCUCUCCUUUCAGAAUUUUGCUUUUGAGAAAAUGGAGUGGACCAAGCAUUAUGCAUGUGAGAAACUGUGUGUCCUUCUGACAUAUUAUGACAUGAACAGAAGGAAAUCUGGCCAUACAGACCCACAGCAGCUGCAAGCACUGCGAAUCGUCAAGCACCGGAUUAAAAAUGGAAUUCCUUGUUUUGAAGUUGAGUGGCGAAAGCCAGAGCACUAUGUUACAGCGGACGACCAACCCGCGGAGCCCUUUAUAAGAACAACAGAAGAGUCAUCGUUAUUUCAGGCUGCGUAUCCGGAAGUGGUUGCCAUGUAUCAGCUGGAGAAAUUGCAAGUUUGCAAGGAAAGAAAAAAGGGUAAGAAGAGUAGACUGAAAGAGAAAGAAAGCUCAGCAAAGGAUAGUGAAAUUGCUGAUCUCCUUUCUCGGCUGAAUUUGGACUUGACAUGCGAAACUUAUCCCGGCAAAAGCACCAAGUCCAGUUGCCUCAAAUUUCCAGCAAAGGAUUCCGAAUCUCAGCAUCUCUCUGCAUAUUGUUCUACUGAAGUCAGCAAAAGUCAAAACCAGCCCUUGACCUCUCCUAUAGUUACCUCACAAAACCCAGAGGAGAACUGCAAUCUUGUUGGUUCUCGGCACUCGCAGGCAAAAGUUACUAAACAGCUUAUAGCCUCUUCCGCUGAUUCUCCUAUUGCUGAUCUGCAGCUGAGCAGCAUCGACUGGGAAGCAACGUCCUUCAGUGUUUCUCCAAAGCUUGUUAACAUGGCUUGUUAUUUAGAAUCUGAGUCUGGUAUGCACAGCGAUUCUACAAGGCCAUACUCUGUGCUGUGCUGGAAAACAGCAGAAACCAUAGGACCAUCUUCAGAGGAUCCACAUUUCUCCAGCAGUGUGGAUGACGCUGCUUCAUGCAUUGACCUCCCUAAAGGACAAAAUGAUUUAUCCUUGAAAGAAAAGGCAGUUCUAGAGGCUUCUUCCAAAGCUGCACAUGUGUCUCCACUAAGUGCUUUUCAAAGCACAGAACAAAUGAAUAGCCUUGGAGAAGCAUGUUCAUCUCCUUCAGCUCAGCGGAAGGACAGCGCUCAACCUGAAAGGAUGGGGCUACCAGAAAUAUAUCUAAGGGUCCCCAUGUUAAGGAAUGAUAAAAAAGUGCCCCCAAACUCUCAAUACCCAGUCCGGGUCAUGCCAAUGGUUCUGAAAAGUUCACUGAAGAAGAGUGUGUGCCAGAAUUAUUCUCGUUAUUCUAGUGAAGACAGUGAUGGCGAGGUGAUGAGAGACAAGAGGAAGGCUCACAAAAUCCCAAAGUGGCUGAGGAAGUCUAGCUUCAUUCAGCCAGAGGACAAGCGCAGUGAGAAAAAGUGUGACAAUGAACGAGUACUUGAAACUCAGCAAAGACGUGAAGAACCUGCCUGUAAGCUACUUAGCAAAGAUUUACCAGUGAUCCAGGAUCCUGGUAGGCAUGUUCCCGAUCCUCCAAGACCCACAGAGUGCAAAAGCAGUGGAUCCUGUUCCCAUCUAGAAGAUAGUGGAAGUGAUUCUGACACACAAGUCCACAGUCCCCUACCUCUGUCUGAAAGGCUCAAGCUUAAAUUGCAGAACCGUUAAGAACUCCUUUGCCUUCCCUUGGCCCCGAUCCUGUUACUUAGCAUAGUGAAUUACACCACAGUAGGACCAUUGAAUCAAUGGGUAUUUGAGGAGUCAGCUCCUCGGUAAGUUCCGUUGAUUCAAAUAGGCAUUUUAUUUGUUCCUGUUGGAAUCAGUGGAAUGUACAGAGGAGCUGACUCCUCAAAUCCUCAUUGAUUCAGUGGGUCUACUGUGGCGUGAUUUACUACAGUACAUAACGGGAACUUGGCCAUUAUGGCAUUUUAAAAAUGAUCUGUCCUUCCUCCAUCUCUGGAGUCGGUCUUGCAGCUAAAUGUUCGAACAACAGUGAGAAUUAGGUGGGCAUCACGUGGCCUCCAUGGAUCAGCCAAGGCCCCUUUAUGUCCUCCAAGCUUCCAUCCGCUUGUGGAAAAUCCACAGUGUCAACGUUUCAUAGCAAAAGGUGCUUCUAAUCUUUUGGGGCCAAAGUGCUCCAAGCUCUUUGACUCUACCCCCAAAUCUUUUUUUUUAAAGCAAGGAGGUCCGUUGUAAACCUCAUGAAACCCACCUAAAUUGUUGAGCCCUGGUUUUGAUAAAAAUGAAACGAACUCCAUACUACCUUAAUUGGAAAGACCAUGAUGAGAUAGUCUAAACAGGCAGUUUUUAACAUUUGCAGAAACUUUGAAAUAAUAAUUUUAAAGAGGCUAUUGAAGAAACCUUGAUGGCUGCAUGGUGGGUGUCCCUCUGAAAUAUGUAUUUUGAACAGGCUGUGACCCGCAACUCCUGGCGGUGGUGUCCCCCCAAAAAGAUCCUGUUGAGUGAGAAGCACACAGUGCCAUCAUAACGACACCACAAAUUGCAUGAAGUCAGGGAAUCAAAUACAGUAACUUUUCCCCCCCUGUUCCUCCAGUGGCUGAACAUGCAACAGCUUGCUUCUGUGUCUGUCAGCAGCAGUGGCAUGAAUAGCUGAUAUUUUUGUAUGUACUGAUUUUCUUCUGCACAGACUAUAACAUAAAGAGUUUGGCUAUAAUUUGGUGCUUUCCUUGGACCAGGUUGAAGCAGAAUACCAGCCAUUUUGCAAUAGUAGAAAUCCAGCUCUUCUCCUGGAAGUAUUUUGUUUGUUUUUGCUGGAGCCUGAAGUACAUUCGCCUGGAACCCAAUCCUAUAAAUUUUUUGUGGCAUUUCAUUUCAGUAUAGUGUGUUUAGCAUUUCACUGUUAAUCCCUCACUGUGUGGUAGGACAUGUUUCUGCUCAGGUAACUGGGAAUGGGAUUUCAACUGGAACUGCAUGUUCUCGGGUCCAUGAAAUGUAUAGAUUUGACUGUAAACUUAUAUGCAGUUUCCCAUUUCAGAUAAGAGCUAUAUUUUAGGGUCACAGAUAUGUCAUGGAGUUAGGAGAAAGCCUUGAAUUGCAGAAGACAUUCCACUGUGUCAGUAGAUAUUGAAAUGAUAACUAGUGUUUACAGACCUAUAA